AUUGCAGGCAUGUCCUUGGCCCUUCCCAAGUCUUUUUCCGGGAGCAUGCGCAGUCACCUUCCCGGUCAUUCCUGUUUUGGGUGUACGUCAAGAUGGUGGCCUCCGUGUUGAGUACGCUGCUGAGGCUCCUUCCCAACUUUUCGUCUUUCAGGGGUGCCUGCAGAGUUCAGGUUCCCAUCCAGGCUCUUUGCACUGAAGCCUCCCUUGAGGAAGAUUCUUCGCCCCCAGUGCCCAUUUCCCCAUAUAGUAAUGAACCCUGGAAGUAUCUGGACUCAGAAGAAUACAAGUCCCGCUAUGGUUCUCGUCCCAUAUGGGCUGACUAUCGUCGCAAUCACAAAGGUGGAAUACCCCCACAGCGUACUCGAAAGACAUGUAUUCGUAAAAAUAAAGUUGCUGGGAACCCCUGCCCUAUCUGCCGAGAUCACAAGCUGCAUAUUGACUUUAGGAAUGUGAAGCUCUUGGAACAGUUUGUCUGCGCUCACACGGGUAUCAUCUUCCAUGCACCAUACACAGGAGUCUGUAUGAAGCAACACAAGAAGUUGACCCAGGCCAUCCAGAAAGCCAGGGAUCAUGGUCUCCUCGGUUACCAUAUUCCCCAGGUUGAACCUCGGGACCUUGACUUCUGUAACUCUCAUGGAGCUGUGAGUGCUACUCCGCCAGCCCCCACUCUGGUUUCAGGUGAUCCUUGGUACCCAUGGUACAGCUGGAAACAGCCACCAGAGAGCGAGCUGUCCCGCCUUCGUCAGCUGUAUCAAGGCUGUCUCAGAGAAGAGAGUGGCCCCCCACCUGAGUCAAUGCCUGAGGUGCCACUCUCAACACAUGCCUAGAGUCCUCUGUAGGAGCUGUAGACUGGGAAGGGUACGAAGAGAUUGGGAGAUAAUGCCAAGGAAUAAAAUAAUAGGAUUCACCCUGAAGAAUUUCAUCUGUUUUGUGGCCAAUGGCAGGUUCAGGGUCAGUGAAAAGACAUGAUUGUUGUUGAAAGGGGUGAAUACAUCUGAGGCUGAGGGAGGGCAGUACAGAUGUAUGCGGGAAACCCUGAUCCCCAUGUAGUGUAAAUAGAUGGGUUCAGCCUUCUUUUGCUGUUGCAGACUUAAUGCCAACUCAGGUUUUCCAAAAUAAAGUUUUGUCUCCUGUCUCUGGA